CCGCCAUGCCCAAAAGAAAGGCUGAAGGGGACACUAAAGGAGAUAAAGCCAAGGUGAAGGACGAGCCACAGAGAAGAUCUGCGAGGUUGUCUGCUAAACCUGCUGCUCCACAGCCAGAGCCCAAGCCUAAAAAGGCCCCUGCAAAGAAGGGAGAGAAGGUCCCCAAGAGGAAGAAGGGGAAGACCGAUGCCGGGAAGGAUGUGAAUAAUCCUGCAGAAAACGGAGACCCCAAAACAGACCAGGCACAAAAAGCUGAAGGUGCUGGAGACACAAAGUGA